AUGUUCACAGAGUGCUACCGCAGCGGUGAAAGCACGUUCAACGCUCAGUUAGAGCAGCUCUACAGGGACUUGGUUUUAUUGUGUCAUGAGUAUAUCAGGGAUACCGCCUGCUUCCGGCUCAUCGACUACAUUGCGAGUCCCAUUGUCUACUCUUACAAAGUCAUCCAGGGCAAGGGCAGCAAGAACAUCCACAGGUUUGAGGUCGACUGGGCAACACUCAAACAUCAAGAAGGCCAGGAGGCAGAGAAGAAGAAAAAGGAGAAGAAAGAGCAUGAGGAAGAGGAGAGGCAGAGGGUGGAGGAGAGAAGGAAGAGGGAGGAGAGAAAGAAGAGGGAGGAGAGGAAGAAGAGAGAGAAGGAAAGGCAAAGGGUGGAGAAAAGGAGAAAGAGGGAAGAAGAAAAGCAGAGGGUGGAGGAAAGGAGGAAGAGGGAGGAGAGGAAGAAGAAGGAGGAAAGAAAGAGGAAGGAGGAGGAAGAGGAGAGGCAGAAGGAGCAAGAGAGGCAGAGGGAGCAGGACAAGGACAAGGACAAGGACAAGGAGACGGACAAGGAGACGGAGAAAAGACGGGCCGAGAAAGGCAAGGGCAAGGCCAUUGAACCCCCAGUAGAAUGCGGACCCGUAACAGAUGGCCAUAAAGACAAGGGCAAACAGAAAGCGGCAGACUCCGUAAAAUCCAGCAAUGUGGCUCCAGUGGAGUACAGGAGACCACAAACAAAGACGGGGGAAAUACUUCCCCACAUGACUCCCUUCAACAUGCCCGGCCAUCCCAUAUACAAGGCAAAGUUGGCAAGGUUGGCGCAGUCCAAGUGCAAAAGCAAGGCUACCAUAGGAAGCCACAUGGACAAUGACGCCAAUGCCGACAACGACGACAAAGGCAAUGAUAACAAAGGGGUUCCGCCUACCACCUCCACCUGGAAGAUGCUCACCCGGUCCGCAAAGAAGGACACCGACCAGGACGCUAUCUCCCCCUAUCAGGAAGGCGUGGUCAAGAUCUGA